GGAAGCCGCCCUGGCGGGGGUCCUCUUUGGCAGCUGGCUGUGAGCGGGAGGCCUGAGUGGAGAGCAUCGGCAGCGCGGCGAGGUUCCGCUCGCAGGGCCGCCCGCUAUGGAGGAGCUCGAUUGCGAGCCCGCAGUAACUUGGAUUCCAGGCGUGAAUUCCAAGAAGAAGCAAAUGUGUUUUGACUGGGGUCCUGGGGAGAUGCUCCUGUGUGAAACUUCCUUCAACAAAAAAGACAAACCAGAGAAGGUGCCGAGCUGCCCCUUUAUCUAUAUCAUACGGAAAGAUGUAGAUGUUUACUCUCAAAUUUUGAGAAAACUCUUCAAUGAAUCCCAUGGAAUCUUUGUUGGUCUGCAAAGAAUUGAGGAGGAAUUGACUGGAAAAUCCAGGAAAGCUCAAUUGGUUCGAGUGAGUAAAAAUUACCGAUCGGUCAUACGGGCCUGUAUGGAAGAAAUGCACCAGGUUGCAAUUGCUGCUAAAGAUCCAGCCAGUGGCCGGCAGUUCAGCAGCCAGGUCUCCAUUUUGUCAGCCAUGGAGCUCAUCUGGAACCUGUGUGAGAUUCUUUUUAUUGAAGUAGCCCCAGCUGGCCCCCUCCUCCUUCAUCUUCUUGACUGGGUCCGACUGCACGUGUGUGAGGUGGACAGUUUGUCAGCAGAUGUUCUGGGCAGUGAGAACCCAAGUAAACAUGAGAGCUUCUGGAACUUGGUGACUGUCUUGGUGCUUCAGGGCCGGUUGGAUGAGGCACGACAAAUGCUGUCCAAAGAAGCUGAUGCCAACCCCCCUUCUGCAAGCAUGUGCCGCAUCCUUGGGGAUCUGAUGAGGACAAUGCCCAUUCUGAGUCCUGGCAACACUCAGACUCUGACGGAGCUGGAGCUGAAGUGGCAGCAUUGGCGUGAGGAGUGUGAGCGGCACUUGCAAGACAGCACAUUCGCAGCCAGCCCCCGUCUGGAGUCGCUCUGCAAGAUCAUGCUGGGAGACGAGGCCACCUUGUUGGAGCACAAGGAGCUUCUGAGCAACUGGUACCAUUUCCUAGUGACUAGGCUGCUGUAUUCUAACCCCACAGUGAAACCUAUUGACCUGCACUUCUAUGCCCAGUCCAGCCUGGACAUGUUUCUGGGAGGUGAGAGCAGUCCAGAGCCACUGGACAACAUCUUGAUGGCGGCCUUUGAGUUUGACAUCCACCAGGUGAUCAAGGAGUGCAGCAUCGCCUUAAGCAACUGGUGGUUCGUAGCUCACCUCACCGACCUGUUGGAUCACUGCAGACUCCUCCAGUCACACAACCUCUAUUUUGGUUCUAACAUGAGAGAGUUCCUUCUGCUGGAAUAUGCCUCAGGACUCUUUGCUCAUCACAGCCUGUGGCAGCUGGGGGUGGAUUACUUUGACCACUGCCCGGAGCUGGGCCGCGUUUCCCUGGAGCUGCACAUAGAGCGGAUUCCCCUCAACACAGAGCAGAAAGCCCUGAAGGUGCUGAGGGUCUGUGAGCAGCGGCAGAUGACUGAACAAGUUCGAAGCAUCUGUAAGAUCUUGGCCAUGAAGGCUGUCCGCAAUAACCGCCUGGGCUCAGCCCUCUCUUGGAGCAUCCGUGCCAAAGACGCUGCUUUUGCCACGCUCGUAUCUGACAGAUUCCUCAGGGAUUACUGUGAGAGAGGCUGCUUUUCUGACUUGGAUCUCAUUGACAACCUGGGGCCAGCCAUGAUGCUCAGUGAUCGACUGACAUUCCUGGGAAAGUACCGGGAGUUCCACAGACUGUAUGGGGAGAAGCGCUUUGGUGACGCUGCUUCUCUUCUGCUGUCCCUCAUGACCUCUCAGAUAGCACCUCGUUCUUUCUGGAUGACUCUGCUGACAGAUGCCCUACCUCUUUUGGAACAGAAACAGGUGAUUUUCUCAGCAGAGCAGACAUAUGAGCUGAUGCGCUGCCUGGAAGACUUGGCCUCAGGGAGGCCAGGGUGUGGUGAGCCUGAUGCCCAGCGACUCCAGGACGAAGACGACAUAGAGGCCACCAAGGUGGAGAUGCUGAGACUGGCUCUUGCCCGGAACCUCGCUCGGGCAAUUCUAAGAGAAGGCUCACUGGAAGGUUCCUGAGACCACCGCGGACAGUAGUUGCAAUGUAGUGACUUUGUAUGGUGAUGUAAAUAGGUUUUAAAGCAAUAAAUUCUCUUUUGCAAAUAUAA